GGGCAGGGCCACACCCAGAUCGUUUGUGGGUGCUGAAGGGAGAGAGUUGAGGGGAAGGGCUCUUGGGGAUUUUUUCUGGGGGCUGGAGAGCUGCAGGGAAACCACCAAGGAGAAGCCCCAAGGGUUACUAAGCUCGCUGGCAGUCUGGGCCUGGUGGGUGGCCAAGAACAGUGGGGCCCUGACCCUGUGGACUGCAGCCUGUGGGCUUUUCACAGCCAAGAACUCUGCUCUGCUGUGGGAAGAGGUAGGAUGGCAGUGAACAAGGGUCCAACGCUGCUGGAUGGAGACCUUCCUGAGCAGGAGAACGUGUUGCAGCGCGUCCUGCAGCUGCCGGUGGUGAGCGGCACAUGCGAGUGCGUCCAGAAGACCUACGCCAGCACCAAGGAAGCCCACCCCCUGGUGGCCUCCGUGUGCAAUGCCUACGAGAAGGGUGUACAGGGCGCCAGCAGCCUGGCCGCCUGGGGCAUGGAGCCGGUGGUCCGCAGGCUGUCUACCCAGUUCACAGCUGCCAAUGAGCUGGCCUGCCGGGGCCUGGACCACCUUGAGGAAAAGAUCCCAGCCCUCCAGUACCCUCCUGAAAAGAUUGCCUCAGAGCUGAAGGACACCAUUUCCAGCCGCUUUCGCAGUGCCCGGAACAGCAUCAGUGUGCCCAUCACAAGCACAUCGGACAAGGUCCUGGGGGCCACACUGGCCAGCUGUGAGCUGGCCUUGGGGGUGGCCAAGGAGACUGUGGAGUACGCUGCCAACACCCGAGCUGGCCGGCUGGCCUCUGGAGGGGCCGAUCUGGCCCUGAGCGGCAUUGAGAAGGUGGUGGAGCUCCUCCUCCCUCCGGGCAAGGAGGAGUCAGCCCCUGCUCCUGGACGCCAGCGGAUUCAGAAACCUCCCAAGGCCAAGCCAAGCCUCUCACGCAGGGUUGGGACCCUGGCCAACACCCUCUCCCGACAAGCCAUGCAGACCACAUCCUGGGCCCUCAAGCAGGGCCACUCCCUGGCCAUGUGGAUCCCGGGCGUGGCACCCCUAAGCAGCCUGGCCCAGUGGGGCGCAUCAGCCGCCAUGCAGGUAGUGUCCCGGCGACAGAGCGAGGUGCAUGUGCCCUGGCUACACACCCUCGCUGCUGCCCAGUAUGAGGUCCAUGAUGACCAGACGGACACAGAGGCGGAGGAGUCAGAGGAGGAGGAAUCCGAGACCGAGGAGAACACACUCAGUGAGGUGGCGGCCCUGCCAGCCCCACAAGGCCUCCUGGGCACUGUGGCAUACACUCUAAAGAAGACGCUCCAGGGCACCAUCUCAGCUGUGACGUGGGCACCCAAGGCUGUGCUGGGCACGGCGGGGAGGGUGCUGCACCUCACAGCGGCCCCAGCUGUCUCCCCGAUCAAGGGGCGGGCCAUGUCCCUGUCGGAUGCUCUGAAGGGUGUCACUGACAACGUGGUGGACACGGUGGUGCACUACGUGCCGCUCCCCAGGCUGUCAUUGAUGGAGCCCGAGAGCGAAUUCCGAGACAUCGAGCACCCACCGGCCGAGGCCGAACGCCAGGAGAUGGAGCGCAAGGGCGUCAUGGAGCCCCCCGUGGGCCGCGCGCUGUACAGCCAGCUUCGCAAGAAGAGCUGA